GGCAGGGCAGGGCAGAGCGCGGCAAGGCAGCCGUGCGCGCUCGGGGAGAGACGGGGCGGGGCUCCGCGCUUGUUGUUCGUCACUUGGUGCAAAGCCCGAGCGAGUCUCCGGAGAGAACAACGAGCUCAUUCACGGAGUGGCAAGCGAGGCAGGCAGCCAAGCCGGACGAGGAGCGCGCCCCGCCAGCCUGGAUUUUCCUCCUCGCCCUUCAUCCAGCGACAAGCCCUUCCCUGGGAUUUGCAGCCGCUCGUGGCGCACCCUCCCGGCCCCAUGCCGCCGCUUCUCUACCUGUCCCUCCUGCCGGGGCUCGUCCUCGCCUUCAACCUGGACACGGGCAACGUGGUCAUGUGGAGCGGGGACUCCGGAAGCCUCUUCGGCUUCUCCCUGGCGAUGCACCGGCAGCUGCAGCCCGAGGACAAGAGGCUGUUGCUGGUUGGUGCCCCUCGAGAAAGAGGAUUCCCAUCACAGCUAGCCAACAGAACUGGAGGGUUGUACAGCUGUGACAUCGCAACUCCAAAUGCGAAAUGCACACGGAUAAAAUUCGAUGAGAAAGCUGAUCUGAGUAAAGAAAGCAAAGAAGACCAAUGGAUGGGUGUUACUGUCCAGAGUCAAGGGCCUGGGGGAAAAGUCGUGACUUGUGCCCAUCGCUAUGAGAAAAGGCAGUACGUCAACACGAUCCAGGAAACCCGAGAUAUCAUUGGAAAGUGCUACGUGCUGAAUCAGGACCUGUCCAGCAGCGAGGAAAUGGGUGGCGAGGAUUGGAGCUUUUGCGAUGGCCGGUUGCGAGGCCAUGAGAAGUUUGGCUCCUGCCAGCAAGGCGUAGCUGCCACUUUCACCAGAGAUUUUCAUUAUGUUGUGUUUGGGGCACCGGGUGCUUAUAACUGGAAAGGAGUGGUGCAUGCAGAGCAAAGGAAUCAGUCAUAUUUUGAAAUGGGUAUCUAUGACGAUGGGCCUUACGAAGUUGGCGGGGAGAACCAGCUUGAUGAGAGCCUAGUUCCUGUUCCAUCUAACAGUUACUUAGGUCUCCUUUUCCUGACAAGUGUGUCUUUUGGUAGCCCCGAUCAGUUUGUGUACAAAACACUGCCUCCCAACGUCAGGGUAGGCAAGGCCACCGAUCUGAUGAUGAAUAGCUAUCUAGGUUUUUCUCUGGACUCUGGAAAAGGCAUCACUUCGCAGAACGAGCUCACUUUUGUGUCUGGAGCUCCAAGAGCAAACCACAGUGGAGCGGUUGUCCUUUUGAAAAAAGACACUGUCAUUCAACGGGCAUUGUCUCCCGAGCACACAUUUGAAGGCGAGGGGCUGGCCUCCUCUUUUGGCUAUGAUGUGGCCGUUGUAGACCUCAACAGUGAUGGUUGGCAAGAUAUUGUUGUUGGAGCGCCGCAGUACUUUGACAGGGAAGGAGAAAUUGGCGGUGCUGUGUACAUUUACAUUAACCAGCAAGGCAAGUGGGAAGGAGUCAAACCAGUUCGGCUCACGGGACCAGCAGACUCCAUGUUUGGAAUCGCAGUCGAAAAUAUUGGUGACAUUAACCAAGAUGGCUUUGAAGAUAUUGCUGUAGGGGCUCCAUAUGACGACUCUGGCAAGGUGUAUAUUUAUCAUGGCUCCAAGGACGGGAUAAACACAAAACCAGCACAGAUUCUGGAUGGUGGGGCAAACGGAGUCUCGUCCUUUGGUUAUUCUAUCACCGGAAACAUGGACCUUGACAAAAACUCCUAUCCUGAUAUUGCUGUUGGGUCUCUUUCAGAUUCUGUAGCUGUUUACAGAUCGCGGCCUGUGGUGAACGUUAAGAAAACUAUUAAGAUAGACCCUGGCAGAAUAGACCUAAAGAAAAAGAACUGUGAAGUCCCCAGCGGGAUUUGCGUGAACAUUGAAGCCUGCUUUGAGUACACAGCUAGUUCCAGUGACUUCAACCCCAAACUAAUUCUGAACUAUACAAUUGAAGUAGAAAAUGAGAGGAGGCGAUCGGGCUGGCCAUCCAGAGUGCAGUUUUCCGAUCGACUCUCUUCCAGAGGGCAGUCUCUUGAGCGACUCUCCGAUCAGCUGAGUGGGAGUGUGACUCUCCAAGGACAGAAGAAAGAAGAGUGUGUGACAAAAAAACUUGUAUUGCAGGAAAAUAUCAAAGAUAAACUGCGUCCAAUUCCUAUAACAGUUGGCGUCGCAAUAAACGGCUCCGAGUCCAGCUCUCAGUCUAGGAGGAGACAAGGACGGUCGCUCCCAGAACUUCUUCCCAUUCUAAAUUCCAAUGAACCAAGUACAGUUAAUGCUGAAGUGCAGUUCCUGAAAGAAGGUUGUGGAGAAGACAAUAUUUGCCACAGCAAUUUGAAGCUUCAUUACAGAUUUUGCACCAAAGAAGGAAAUGAAGACAGAUUUUCCUAUUUACCAAUUAAGAACAACAUUCCAGUGCUUGUCCUCAAAGACCAAAAAGACAUUGCCCUUGAAAUCACAGUGACAAACAAUCCGUCGGACCCAAGAGAUCCUGAGGCAGAUGGCGAAGAUGCCCAUGAAGCUAGACUCAUAGCUACCUUUCCAGAUAGCUUGACUUACUCUGCUUUUAGGGAGCUGAAAGCCUUUCCGGAGAAACAACUGACCUGCGGGGCUAAUCCAAACGGCUCUCAAGUAGACUGUGAACUUGGAAAUCCUUUCAAGAGAAAUUCUUCUGUUACAUUCUACGUGAUUUUAAGUACAACUAAAGUCAAUGUCGAUACCAAGGACUUGGACAUUAAUCUGAAAUUGGAGACAACAAGCAAUCAAGUUAAUUUAGAUCCAAUUACCGCUAGUGCUAAAGUAGUUAUUGAACUGCUUUUGUCACUCACAGGGGCGGCUAAGCCUGCCCAGGUGUACUUUGGAGGCAACGUCAUCGGUGAAAGUGCUAUGAAAUCUGAGGAGGACAUUGGCAGCUUAAUAGAAUAUGAAUUCAGAAUAAUUAACUUGGGCAAGCCACUAAAAACAUUUGGCACUGCUUCCUUGGACAUCCUGUGGCCAAAAGAAAUCAAGGGAGGCAAAUGGCUGCUGUAUUUGGUAUCUAUCAACUCCAAAGAGUUAGGAGAAGUCCAGUGCGAACCUCGGAAUGAAAUAAACCCUUUGGGAAUUAAGAUGUCUCGAAGUUCAAGGACAAAACGUCAAGUCGCAGAGAAACAGACAGAGGGUGGCAAAAGCUUUUCUUUGUUUUCAGAAAGAAAAUAUAAGACUUUGGAAUGUAACAAGGAGGCAAACUGUGUCACCAUAAGAUGCCCACUACAGGGACUGGACAGCAAAGCAUCUGUUGUGUUGCGUUCAAGACUAUGGAAUAGCACUUUUCUAGAGGAAUACUCUAAAAUGAGCUACCUAGACAUUGUUCUUAGAGCAACCAUCAGCAUCGCUGCGGCAGAUAACAUUAAGCUGGCAAACGAAGCUACUGAUGUGCGGGUGACUGUCUUCCCUGCAAAGACGGUAGCUCUGUAUAAAGGGGUGCCUUGGUGGAUCAUCUUAGUAGCUAUUCUCGCAGGCUUGUUAAUGCUUGCUCUGUUGGUAUUCUUGCUAUGGAAGUGUGGGUUCUUCCAGCGUUCCAGGUACGAUGACAGCGUCCCACGCUACCACGCUGUAAGAAUUCGGAAAGAGGAGAGGCAGAUCAAAGAAGGAAAAACUAAAGAGAAUUAUGCAAAAAAACAGUGGAUCACGAAAUGGGAUGAAAACGAAAGUUAUUCCUAGGGAUCACCCCUGAACUGAAGGCUCAUUAAAAAAAAAAAGUGUAUUUGACUCACAUGAUGGAAGGUUGGAAGUCCUAUGUAGAGAAACAGCUGCCUUAAAAAAAAUAUUGUUACUUCUAAACGAAAGCAUUUUUUUGUUUUACAGACCUAACUUUGAAGACUGCUUAAACCAAUCUACAUGCCUUAUCUAAAAUGUCCAAUGUUCAAAAGCCAUUUCAGUUUUAAUCGAAAUUAUCAGGCAGGAAAGGAAGAGGGGAGAGAGUCUGUAGAGGGAAAAUAAUCUCAGGCUGCUUUGUCUUGGUCUGGAAUGGUUGAGCCAAUUGUGUGGGAGAGGCGAUUGUCCAUACGCUAAAUAGAGAUGAAGUAACCUGAGAUAUGUGGCUUAUUAGAACUCUCCUGUGAGAAUUUGAAGUUUGCAUUAGUUCGAACUGCAUGUUCGGUCCUGUCUCAACCUGGCUAACCUUCUUGCCCUGUUUUCUUGCAUACCUGAGCAGCUAACCUAUGAAAGAUACUAUGAUCAUUUCCCUAAACAUGGGUGCUCUUUAACAUUUCAGUUCAAUGGUCUUUUGUUAUUUAAAUCUGUGUCUUGGUGGGAGGGGAUAUCGCCUUGCAUGGAACACAACGUCACUUUUUUUGUGAGGAGAGUCCAGCCACACAACACUAAACAGACACAUAUACGGUAUAAGACUUGAGUGUGACAGAUUGGCAUUGCCUACCUCUCCCAUUUGUGGUUGCAACUUCCCAGUGGUAGCAAGCCAAGCAUUAACUUUGGAACAUGCUUUAUAUUUCCUGGUUUUUAGGGGCAUCCCAGCCCCUCAAAAAACCUGGAAGAUACUCUCCCUUGCUCUCAUGCAUAUGGAAGCUGGUUGUAAGUAUUCACUUGCGAGAGACACUCUGCAAAUGGUCGCAAGUUUAUUCCUUCCCAUUUCUAGGAUUAAGCCAUGGCACUGAAAAUAGGUUGUAAACUUUGAUGGGAGUCUGCUAAAAUCAAACCUUUCACUUUGCCCAUGUAAGUAAAGUAACGGGUUCUUUCAUUUGGGGGGGAAUGUAUGGCUUGGAUUUUGAAAGGCUUUUUUUUGUUUUCAUUUUGUAAAAAAAAACCCCCCGCAUGCAACAGAAGCAAACGUUUCCCGACAUUUUGUCAAGCUUUCGUACAUUUGGUUGGUUGUUGGGUUUAUUUGUUUUUUGUUUCUGCCAAUACAUAUUUAUGUGUUCUUGUACAAAAAGAAGUAGGCAUUCAAGAACCGAUGCAAAUUGGUGUGGCUAAAUUUCUAAAGGAGAGGUGAAACUUAGCUUUGUGUGGAAGUCAUAUUCAUGCAAAAGCCAUUCCUUCUGUCUAUGAAUAUAUGGAGAAUAGGGGAUGUUUCUCAGUAGUGAGAACAUGGCGCUUUGCAUGCGCUUAAAUAGGGUUGCCACAUUACCCAAAGCUGGGGUUUUUUAA